AUGCAGCUUCUCGGCCUCUCAGAAGAACUAGCAGGACUCACAUCAACGAUAAACGUAUCACUCUACAACAUCGUCCCUGAACAAAGUCAACAUCAUAUACUCAGACAUUGCAUCUGUCCCUCUACUACCGCCAUUCUCAAACUCCACGUCAACUUCUCCGACUAUUUCAAAAUGCCUACCCGUCAAUCCCUCAUCGCUUCUCGGGCUACCAGCAACAACAGCAAACGUGCCGCCCGCACCAAUGCUCCUAUCAAGGAACCCGCCCCUGCUCCCCUACCUAUCGUCCAAAAAGUCAAAAGCGGCCGCCGCAUGAGGCAAAUCUUCAAAGGCCUAACCAUGACAUCUGUCGGCACUUACCCCGGCUCUAACAAAGUCCUCACCGGGGACGACGUUAGGAAUUUCGUCACGGCUCAUGGUGGGAUUUACGAGAGAGAAGUUACGGCUGAAACCACGCAUCUGAUUUGCUCGAUUGAGGAGUACAAGAAGAGACCUAAGCAUGUCUGUGACGCCUGGCAACUCGGCACCGAGCGGUGCAAGAUUGUCGUAUUCGACUGGCUCGAGGACUGCCUUGUCCGCAAGCAGAAACUACUCCUGAGCACCCGGCCCUACACGCUGGACCGCACCAUCAUGCAGCUCAGGAAGCGCAACGCCAAGGACAUGACAGAGUACCGCAAAAAGUUCGAGGAUGGGGUCAAAGUUUCCAAGGAGUUGUGUGACAACCGGCUCUACCAUGUCUACUACGACGCCGACGCGUUCGAGUACAAGGUCAUGCUUUCGCGUUUUCGCCUGGAUGGCAGUACGAUGAUCGAGAAAUACACACUCUUUCUCUUCGAAUCUCACGCCAAAGCGCCCCCGCUCUACAUGUUCGGCGCCAAAUUCUCGCGCACCCACCGCCCGACCUCCUACUACCGCGAGGACUGCCACCCGAUGGUCUUCUCCACGGCCUUCAAUUGCUUCAAGAAGUUCUUCCGGGAGAAGUCCGGCGUGGACUGGGAUCUCCGCCUCGAGCGCCUGAGCCCCAAGACGGACGCUCACGGCAACGAGAAGGUCUUCUUCAAGUACAGCCCGCCCGCGGGCGGGAGACCGGUGGGCCUGCUGCCGCCGGGAUACGUGCGACCAGAUGAUCGUCCGCUGGCGCAGCCGGUGGAUGCAAAAGCUGCAGAUAUCAUCGAAGUCUACGACACGGACAGCGAGGCUGAUUCCGACAACGACGGCGACGGCGACGAGUCCGGAUCGGCUUCUAGUCAGACCCCCACGCAAACUUCCGCCUCCUCUUCUGACCACACCGAUGAAUCCGGUUCGAUCAGCAGCAGCAGCAGCAGCAACACCGCUCGCCCUGACAAUUACAAUUACGAUCAAAAUCGCAAUCCCAAUACCGACAACAAUGCCGGCAACGAUAAGGGCUCCAUCAUCUCCAUCUCCUCCGACACCAGCUCAGGCGAAGGCUCAGCGAGUAGUGAAAAUGGCAUCGCUUCGACUUUUGGCUCUGGGAACAGUGGGUCGGACAACAUGUCCUCGAGCGAGCUGGGUGAGGGCGAGCAGAGAGCAAAGGAGCAGGGCGUGAGCUAUGGCCAGGCGCUCGCUGCCAAACCGGUGUCGAUCAGCAGCGAUGAGGAGAUGAUGCAGAAUCCUAUGUAUUGGCAGUAG